AUACAAACCUGAUGCUAUGUUUACACUUAAAGGAUAAAAGUUUAUUUGUAUGUAUAUGCAUGUGUGUGCACAUGCGUUUAUGUGUGAUUGCUCUUAUCGCUUAUGUGUUUUAGCUAAAUGAGAAAUAAUCCUGCAUCGCUGGCGACCACAGAAAAAACUGUACUUUGGUUCUUCGUACCAGUCAUGUUGCGUAGGCGAUAAUCAGAUAUAGCACCGGACACCUUGUGACCUUGAAGACCAUCCGAAAUAGUUCACAAAUACAAAUCAGUUUCUACUUCUCUGCUUUCCUUGUUGAUCUCGAAACACCUCUUCCUAUAUAUAUACUACUAAAAAAAAAAUACAGCGAAAAAACUAUUAAGGAAGUCGAAAUUACAAACGUAAACUGGCAAUAAUUACAUGAUACAGUUGCCAAUUCGCCAGUUUAGCACUGCAUACACGGGCACCCAUCAGCACAGUUACUGAGGAGAGCUGUUGCAAGCACACGUUCCUAAAGGAAUUGUGAAGAUGAACAUUUUGGUGAAUGACUCCCUGGAAACACUCUGGUCAAAUGAAUGGAUAAGAAGAAGCAUUGUAAUAUGCAUUGGAUUCGGAGUCAUUAUUUGUGUUAGAAAAUUCUUUCAAAACAGAAAAAAGGCUAAGUUAAGAGCUGAGUGGAAUGCUGCAGGCAAGGAUGUUGUAGUUCUUCAUCAAUUUUGGCGUGGCAAAUAUUGCCCAAAUUUCAGUCCAUAUGCUUUGAAAGUGGAAUGUUUUAUGCGUUUGGCCGGAAUCAAGUAUAUUACUGACGCCCAAGAACCUUUUGGAGCAAGAGGUUUGUGCCCUUGGAUCACUGUUAAUGGAGAAGACAUUGAGGAUUCCCAGCAUAUAGUUGAACGUUUGACGGAGCAGUUUAAUGUCAAACUUGAUGACCACAUCACACCAGAGAGGAAGGCAACUCUUGAAGCUAUAAGAAUCAUGUUGGAAGAACAGAUGUUCUGGAUUUUGUUCAUGUAUAGGUUUUACCAUACAAAAUGCAAGGUAUUUAAGAACACUCAAGUAUUCCCAACCUGGUUUCUGCAUUACUAUUUCCCAAUAUUCGUCUACUACCACUCACAAAAGCGAGGAAGAGCACAAGGUAUUGCAAGACAUACAUUCGCGGAACAGGUCAAGAUGACCGAGAAAAUUAUGGAAAUCCUUAAUACACUUCUUGGUGAUGGCCAAUAUUUUGGUGGUGACAAGCCCUGUUCAACUGACUGCAUUAUUUUUGGAUUUUUGGCUCAGGGCAUGUGGAAUGAGACAGACUCGCCCUUUGAGACACUUAUCAAAGUUACAUAUCCAAAGCUAGCCGCUUACUGCAUCAGGAUGAAGGAGCGCAUAUAUCCUGACUGGAAGAAGCUGUUAAAUCCACCUCAAGAAUAAAGGUUUAGAAAAUGUUGAAUAGAUAUGAAAUUGUAGACUGUACAGGUCAAAUGCUUCAUUUCUAAGAUUGUUCAUUGUCAUUGUGAUUUGGGGACUCAAUAAAUAAUAGUAUGUC